GAAAUCGAAUUUGCUGGUGAUUUUGCUUGUGAUCAAGAUUUCCCAACGUUGAUGCAAAUUUGUCGACAUCUUAAAAAGAUGGAGGUCAGAUUACCUGAUUUCGAAUAUAGAGAGGACGACGAUCAUUAUGAUUCAAGUGCUGCUCUUUCCGCUCGUUUUAUAGAAUCUCAAUUCGAAUUAAAACAACUUUUCUUACGCGAAUGUCAUUAUCCUCAAGCUUUAGGCAUCGCACUUACACGUCAAAAAAAUACUUUACGUCACUUAAAAUUUCGUGAAGUAGUGUUUGAUAAUUCUUGUCCAUUAGAUUGGUUACCAAAUUGUCAAAAUUUAGAAAUUUUAGAAUUUAUUGAUUCUGAAAAUUUGGUUCCUAAUGUUUUGGACUCACUUAGAUUAGCACCUCUUAUUAAUCUUAGAUCCAUAACUUUUAAAGAAGAUCCUGUACCUGCUGAAACUUUAGAAUCAAUAAUUUUAGCCAGCCAACAAAACCUUGAAGAAAUCUUUUUUGGUUGGCCUGAGGACUGUAAUCAAAAUGGUUAUGCUCAUUUAUUAAAUUCUAUCUCGUUGAAUUGUCCUAAUCUUGUACGACUUGGUGCCAUGAUCGGUCCAAAUGAAAUUGUUGAAUUAUUUGGAGUUUUAAAUAAUU